GGUGAUGCGAUGCUGUUGCCGUGGAUUUGAUUGACAGAAAUCAUGUCGGUGUGGUGGGAUGCUGCUCUGCCACGGGGAACGGGGAGUCCUUGCAUGCAAUUCACACAGAACCUUUAAAAUGAAAAGGCCUCCACAGCGCGAGCUUCUAGCGAUACACUGAACUGUUUAUUUUUUUAUCUUUAGGCUAUUUAUAUAUUUUUCUUUCCCAUAUCCACUUACAACGGAGCGACGCUCAAUGGAUGCUGAGACAAACCGUGUUCAGUUUGUAUUUGUGCUCAAUCUCUUCAUAUUGCGGUUGAUAUAGCAUACAAUCAAAGACAUCUUUAUGAAACCGCAGGAACUACAAGGACUGUUGCAAUGGAGUCGCCUCGCUCUCGGCUUAAAUCCGCUUUAGAGAGAUAAAACACCGCUGGUCGUUUCAUGGCGUUUGGCAGGCUGAUUUAUUUUGUGGGUCUUUCCACAUUUGUUUUAUAAACAGAUUUCAACUGCAGAAACCGCACCGCUGCUCGCAAACUAUGGACGAAGAGAUGACAAAAAGCGAAGAGCAGCAUCUUACUUUGCAAAAAGCCUUGCAGCAGUGCGAGUUGGUGCAGAAUAUGAUCGACAUCAGCAUUUCCAGUUUGGAAGGUUUACGAACCAAAUGUGCCACAUCCAACGACUUGACACAACAGGAGAUCCGGACGCUAGAGGGGAAGCUGGUGAAGUACUUCAGCCGCCAGCUGUCCUGUAAGAGUAAAGUGGCCUUAGAGGAGCGCAGUGAGGAGCUGGACUGCUUCCCGCGCCUCGGACACUGGUUCCGGAUCGUCAACAUCAGGAAGGAGAUCACACAGGAGAUGAGUCCAGGUGAGGUGACCCUGGAAGGUCUGCUGGGGCUGUCUGAGGAAGAGGUGUGUGAGGCCCUGCAGAAGUUUGGUGCCAACGAAGAGGAGUGUGCUCGGCUCAACGCCUCCCUGUCCUGCCUGAGGAAGGCCCACCAGACAGAACAACUUGAAGAGGAUGCAAUGCAUAGUAAUGGAGGCAGCCAGGCCAAGCAGGACUGGUCCAUCCAGUGGCCCACCUCCGAGUCGGGCAAGGAGAACUCCCCGGUGUGCCAGCCGGAGCUGAGCCAGUGGAUCCGCUUCCAGCUGUCCCAGAGCCCCAAGGUGCAGUCCAAGUACAACCAGCACGUGUGCCAGAGCCCCCAGGGCCCGGGGCCGUCUCUGUACUCGGACCGGCUGACGGUGGACAGCCCCGUCCUGGGCCUCUUCCCGUCCCUGGACUGCGGCAACCGCUCCUUGCCCCCGUCGCCCCGCCAGAGGCACUUUUGUCACACGCCUCCCCGGACUCCCCUGGUGGUCAACACCAUGACCCCGCCCGGCACGCCCCCCGUGCGGCGCCGCAACAAGGUGAAGGCUCCCGGGACGCCCCCUCCACCCAGCCGCAAGCUCAUCCACCUGCUGCCCGGCUUCACCGCGCUGCACCGCAGCAAGUCCCACGAGUUCCAGCUGGGAAACCGCCUGGAAGACACCCAGACGCCAAAAGCCAAGAAGAAGGCCAAGCCGCUGAACCUCAAGAUCUCCAGCGGCGUGGGCAGCUGUGAGAACCUGCCGUCCCAGCGCUCGCCCCUGCACAGCGACCGCUCCCUGCGCUCCUUCUUCUUCCCCUCCUUCAUCCCCUCCACACCCCCCGUCCACGCCGCCGACACGCCCUCCGGUAACACGCUCUCAGUGCCUCGCUGGUCUCCGCAGAUUCCCAGGAGAGACUUUGGAAACUCAAUAAAACACAGUUCUGUUGUCCUUGGCCACAGGUUUUCCACCAAGUACUGGAUGUCACAGACAUGUAUCGUUUGUGGGAAGGGAAUGCUGUUUGGACUCAAAUGUAAAAACUGCAAGUUGAAGUGCCACAACAAAUGCACCAAAGAAGCCCCACCUUGUCACCUGCUGAUCAUUCAGAGGGGCGGCCCUGACUCGCUCAAAGGUAAUGGUCAAGAUCACCAAGGGACAUCUCAAGCUCGACUGGUACGGACAGAAUCGGUGCCGUGUGACAUCAACAACCCGCUCAGGUACUCGGACCUGCACAUCAGUCAGACCCUGCCCAAAACCAACAAGAUCACCAAGGACCACAUUCCAGUACCUUAUCAGCCAGAUUCCAGCAGUAAUCCCUCCUCCACCACCUCGUCCACGCCUUCCUCCCCGGCCCCGCCCCUACCCAGUAGUGCCACACCCCCUUCUCCCCUGCACCCCUCUCCUCAGUCGGCACGGCAACAGAAACAGUUCAACCUGACAGCCUCCAGUUAUUUUAAAUACAAGCAGCAGUUCAUUUUUCCAGACGUGGCCCUUGAGGCCCCGCCCAGCAGAGCCCCGCAGGUCAUCCUCCAUCCGGUCCUGUCUGAGCACGGGAACGAGGGGAAUCCGUUACUUCAGAUCGAAGUCGAGCCGACGUCAGAUAACGAGGAGGCCAACGACGAGGACUCGGGCGACGAGUUCGAGGAGAUGAACCUGUCACUGCUGUCGGCCCGCAACUUCCCCCGCAAGGCCAGCCAGACCAGCAUCUUCCUGCAGGAGUGGGACAUCCCCUUUGAGCAGCUGGAGAUCGGCGAGAUGAUCGGCAAGGGCCGCUUCGGCCAGGUGUUCCACGGGCGCUGGCACGGCGAGGUGGCCCUGCGCCUCAUCGACAUCGAGCGCGACAACGAGGACCAGCUGCGGGCCUUCAAACGGGAGGUGAUGGGCUACCGCAACACGCGGCACGAGAACGUGGUGCUGUUCAUGGGCGCCUGCAUGAGCCCACCCCACCUGGCCAUCAUCACCAGUCUGUGUAAAGGCCGUACGCUGUAUUCGGUGGUGCGGGAUGCCAAGGUGGUGCUGGACUUCAACAAGACACGCCAGAUAGCCCAGGAGAUGGUGAAGGGAAUGGGCUACCUCCAUGCCAAGGGGAUCCUACACAAAGAUAUGAAGUCCAAAAAUGUGUUUUACGACAACGGCAAAGUAGUCAUCACUGACUUUGGACUCUUUACCAUAUCCGGUGUUCUCCAGGCGGGCAGCAGACGUGAGGACAAGCUGAGGAUCCCCAGCGGUUGGUUGUGUCACCUGGCCCCGGAAAUCAUCUGUCAGCUCUCGCCUGACACAGAGGAAGACAAGCUGCCCUUUUCUAAACAGUCGGAUGUCUUUGCUUUUGGCACUAUUUGGUACGAGCUGCAUGCACGGGAGUGGCCUUACAAGAGUCAGCCUGCGGAGGUGAUCAUGUGGCAGGUCGGCACCGGCCAGAAGCCCAACCUCACCCAGAUCGGCAUGGGAAAAGAGAUCUCAGACAUCGUGCUCCUCUGCUGGGCGUCCCAGCAGGAGGAGCGGCCCAGCUUCUCCAAGCUGGUCGACCUACUGGAGAAGCUGCCAAAGCGGAACCGGCGUCUAUCCCAUCCAGGCCACUUCUGGAAGUCAGCUGAGCUGUGACAGAAGCAACGAGGGGACUGUGUGUUUGCGCGAAGCUCGUCCUCAGCUCUGCUCUCAUCUGCUCUGCUGCACCAUCCUCAGACUUGCCUACACACCUCACCCACUCAGCCAUCAUGUGUUGCUCUCAUACAGACACCAUAGCAGGUUUUCCAGCUAGAGCAUAAUUGGAUCCGUUAUGAUGAAGGUUAUGAUGAACCCCAAACCAAACCUGCCACACGGGCUGACAAAACACUGCAUACUUGCAGACAGAGAGGCCUUUUCUCCGCUCUAUGCCUACAAUUCUUGAACGAUUCCUGAACGACAAGUUAGAUGGCAAUUUUUAUAUCCCAGGGAGUUCAACAGCGACAUGUACAUCGUUCAUCCUGCCACAUUUCACCUCAUCUUGAACAGUGAUGUUUUGUCAUCUUGAUUGUAAGACAUUCUGUAUGCAUCUGAAUGCUCCAAUCGAAGGCCUACUUGCAUGUCUUUCUUUGUCUUUGUCAGAUCUUCUGUUUAUCUGACAUCCAAAAGGCAUUUUGGAAAAGAUUAUUGUUUUGAUCUUGGGACAUUGUAUUUUGAGAGUGCAAUCCUGUGCCUUUAUAUAUCAGAAGCAUCAGAUCAUAUAUACGUGUAAACAUAGUAAUUUCUGGUCCACUAUUUGACUUAAAAACUUCUACUGCUGAACUAUUUGAAAUGGCUGUACUGAAAUCUGAGUUGCAACACUCAUUUUAUGACAAUUUUAUUUAUUCACAGAAUAUUGGAUUAUAACAUCGGUUUUAAUUUAGACCCAGACUAAAUAUAUAAAUUCAAGCUGACUCAAUGACUCCCACUGUUUCGGAUGAACAGUUAAGACACCCCUAAUACAUUUGGAGUUCUUGGCCUUGCUCAAAAAUAUUGGCAGCAAAUAUUUGCAGAGCAAUGAGCUUUGCCGUUGAAUACGCCUCCACAUGUUUACACAACAUGAGCUAUCUGAUGAAAUCUUUCAAUAAUAGGUAGGUUAAGUUGCCAAAGUUAUAUUUGGCGCAGUUACCAAGUUUGGUUUUAGGAUAGAGGCUUCCCAAUAAUUUAGGAGGGAAUUACACCUUUAGAUGAGAACAUUCACAGUUAAACAGGUCAGUGACACCGUAUGCCAACUGUCAAAUUGAAAUUGAUAGAAUUCCAAAGUUGGAAUCUCUAAAAUGACUCACUUCCUAAUUAGCUCAUAUUGCCAGCAUAAUGUUUAUUAAUUUAGUCUAACCCCCUUCGAGGUCUAUUUCUAAAAUGUGGCAGUUGGUAAUCGAACUUCCGAAUGAUAUAAGAAAACAUACAUAUUUCUGAUAAAGUUAAUCUCUUUGAAAAGGCUUUUGUGUGUGUAUGGGGAGGCCUUGUUUCUAAACACACAGUGUGUAUUUCCAAGUAUUUGUUGAGUGAAUAUAAGAGUUAUAUGGUAUUGGACAUGCAGAUGUCCAAUACCAAAGCAAUACAUAAAGAGCUCAUCCUCUACAACAUCCUCUAAACAUCGAAGCUGAAGGUUAAACUUAUUGCUCUAUUUUACUGGAUUGAAUUGGUUGGACAAUUAAACCCAAUUGACAGUUCCCUCACAUCAGUCCUUAUUAUAUCCUUAAUAUGUUCAACUGAUUGACGAGAGACUGAUUGAACAAUGUGCUCGUAAUUCAAUUUUUUACACAAUAGUUAGCAGAUAUUAAGACUGCUAUAAUUAUUGUCAUCAACAUUGAGUGUGGAUGGAAGCUUAUCUUUCUGGAAGGCGUAAUCAUUAAUUCAGAAUUCAAGAUUGAUUAGAUUAACCCCCAUUUUUCAUUUGCAUAAUCACUUGAAGCAGGCUUGUUUUAAAUGCAAUUUUGUGGUCUGUACUGUGAACCAUUUCUUUCAUUAUCCUGAGUAAGUCCAUUUGCAGGAAUCUGAGUUAUUCACUCACUCACCUGUUGGCUCAGCGCCUUAUGAGCCAAGGCUUUUACCUUUUGGUAGAACUAUUAAAGGGUAAUUUAACCAUCGAUAAUGGGUAUUUUCUUUUAUAUCUUCUAUGCCUUUUAUUCAACAAAUAUGGAACAAUAUCAUAGAGGGGGAUACUCUGCCUUCCUUGCUUUUUUUGUGAUGACAGACUCCCUAUUUGGGAGUAGUCAGAGAUAACAGGAGGGCUCACAAUGGCCAACGUUGGCAAACAGCUGCAGACGGGCGUGUAAGCUAGGGUGAAGAUUUGGCAUCUCUUCUUGCCAAAUAUCAACAGACAGCAGACGUGCUUUGAAAAUGUGUCAUUAUGAUUGCUUCUCCAAUAAGGCUUAACGGUUUCAAGAGUGACAAGUGAGAUUUUAUAUCCUUUAAAGAACAGUGAGAAUAAGUUAGAGUACCUCAGUUUUAUGGAUUACAUAAAUACUUUAUUCCCAGUAGGCCACAGUGUGAACAUGUAUAUCUCCUCGUGGAGGUAAGAGGAGGAUUGUGAGGUCAAGUGGCUACAGAAAUGUAAGUGUUGCAUCGGUAAUCAAUGACCCGGAAAAUGCGUGUUGCUGUCCCGGCCCUUCUACAGUCCCAACUCUCCCUUAGGGUCACAAGCUUUUGGAUGGUUACCGAAAGAGGCUAUACACCAGCAUUCAAUAUCAGCUGAAAAGCUGGCCUUCCUUUCUCUGUGUUCCUGAUCGUGGCACCUCCCUCCCCAAGGUAUCCCCGAGAGAUGAUUUACAACGAUGAGAUAACAUUUUGAGAACCCUUGAGGUUAUCACCCAAAAGCAAAUCUAUGAUAACGGUUAGCAACCCAGAUCCUGAAUCUUUGACUUCAUAUAUAGGCACAGCGUUACAGGCCAUUAAAAUCCAAUGCAUAUAUUGGUUUAGCAUUUGUGCUAAAGCACUCAACUUCCGUUCAGUUCAAAGUGUGACAAAUUUGACCUGCACUCAAAAGGUGAAAUUUCCAAAAGGUAUUAUAAAACUUCCCGUUCCAGUUUUGUGUAUGCACACUUCAUUCUCAACCAUACCGUUAGGAAAUCAAAUGUUUACUACUUGAGGUAAUUCCCAGUGUAACCUGUAUCCAUUGGGGACAUGGCUUGUAUUUUAUCCUCAGUUAUUUGGUCCACUUUGCUGCCCCGCAUUCAUUGAAGCGCAUUGCAAUUUCCAAAUGAAAUGUUCCACCCUCAUGGUCAUAAUUAUCAUGAAUCCCACGGUAUUUGCAACAUCUUUAUCACCCUCAUUAUUGUCAUUCUAUUCAUUAACAGUACUCUAAGGAGCAACAACGACACACUAAAUGCGGUCCUUGCUCUUUCUAAUGUUGUUUUCAAAGGAGCGUAUCUACUGAUCAAGCUUGUAAUGGAAAUUUGUAAAGUUUGUAAAGUAAAAUUUCUAAGUUUUCUACCCUUCCAAAAAAAGUAUUUAGUUGAAUCGUACAUUAAUCAAUUACACUCUGCAGGCCUUGAUAUAUAAAGUUUGUGUUUUUGUGCAAUAUCUUGUUUUGUUCUGAUGCCUUGAAGAGAAGACAAUUGUGAUUAAAGAUUUGAAGUUAUA